AUGUUCAACGACGCUAAACAUGAUGCGGUGGAUCUCAAAAAGUUCAAGACAUCGGUGAGAAGAGAAGGUGAUAUCAAGCACAACUCCUCCACAGCACCUGUCACAAAAACGAAAUCCUUUCAUAUUGCAUUUCUUUACCAAAACAAAUUAAGUGACCUUACCCUUCAUAUAUACAUGGCUAUUCGUAUGCCUCGGAUCAUUCAAGCAAAGAAAGUUCUUGGUCGAUCAUUGUCCAACGGAAGCCGUCCAUCGUCAUCUACAAAAAUCAUCCCUAAAGGACAUUUUGCAGUUUAUGUUGGUAAUCAAGAGAAAAGACGAUUUGUUGUUCCUUUAUCAUUAUUAAACCAGCCUUCGUUCCAAGACUUGCUACAUCAAGCAGAGGAAGAAUUUGGAUUUGAUCAUCCAAUGGCACUACAAGAAUAA